ACACUCUCAGCGCUCUCAGUCGACGGUUGGAUCGCUGAUCGAUUGGACACAUUCCGGUUGAGCUCCCCACGAUUCCAGUUGGUGACGGCGCGGCGUUGUGUUAUGUUGAAGUACUGAGUACAAUUAAUAGCUACAACGAGAGAUUGUUGUCUUGCGAUUGUGAAGUUUAGUGAAUAAAAAAUCAUACAAUUGGUGAGAACUUUUGGUACAGAUAACAAACAAGAAACCAGUGUAAUUCCGUGAGAAACACAAAAAUCAUGGCUUGUAAAAUUGUGCAUACGUUUCAAAAUGGUACAAAAAUGCCAGCUCUUGGGUUCGGCACUUGGCGGGCCUCGGACGAAGAGGUGGAGAAAGCGCUGAACGAGGCCCUCGAAGCCGGUUAUCGGCACAUCGACACGGCUCCGGUUUAUCUGAACGAGAAAACCAUCGGCCGGGUUCUGCGGCAAUGGCUGGACGCCGGAAAGCUGACCCGGGACGAGCUGUUCAUCGUGACCAAACUGCCUCCGCCCGCAACGCGGGCCAGUUCGGUCGAAAAGUUUAUCACCCGUUCGUUAGCGGACCUGCAGCUGGACUAUGUGGACCUGUAUCACGUCCAUGUGCCGUUCACGGUACCGGAAGUCGAUGGACCGUUCCUGACCGAUGAUGACGGCCAGCUCGUGCUGGAUACGACCACCGAUCAUGUUGCCCUGUGGCAGGCCAUGGAAAAGAUCGUGGAAGCCGGCCUAGCACGCAACAUAGGCCUAUCGAAUUUCAAUCAGCGGCAGAUACAGCGAAUUCUCGAUAAUUGUCAGAUAAAACCGGCUAACCUGCAGAUCGAGAAUCACAUCUAUCUGCAGCAACCCGAACUGGUGAAGUUUUGCAAAACCAACGGAAUAACCGUGACAGCUUAUUCGCCGCUCGGUUCCAAAGGGAUCGAGCACAUUUUGGGCCGUGACGUUCCGAAUUUGCUGGACAAUCCGGUGGUGCGGGAGCUGGCCGGCAAGCAUGACAAAUCCGUGGCCCAGAUCCUGCUGCGCCAUCUUUUGCAGCGCGAGAUUUCAACGAUCCCGAAAAGCACGAACCCGGCCAGGCUGCGGGAAAACAUUGCCCUGUUCGAUUUCGAGCUAGACGAGGCCGAAAUGGCUAAAUUGGCCGCGUUGGAUCAGAAUAUUCGCAUCUGCGAUUUCGGAUUCUUCCCCGGUAUUACCAAGCAUCCAGAGUUCCCUUUCUAAAAAUUUAAGAGCGUGCGAGACGGAUUUCUCAUUACUUUCAUAUUGACAGAGGAAACAAAUAUCAUUACAAUAUAGGUUACAUUUCUUUGAAUAUCAUAAGAAUCUACAUGAAUGUAAUGCAUCGAUUUAUAUAAACAAAAUAGGUUAAAAAUUUGUCAUCGAUAAUAAAUAUCUAGCGAAAAAGCAUUGAUACUUAACUACUGUCUAGGUACUAAAUAGAACUGUGAAA